CUCUCUCUCUCUCUCUAGGCUUCGCAGCAUUACCAGAGUGAGCUAGUAAGGAGAAGAGAAAGGAAGAUAAUGGGUGACAAUAAACGCAGCGUUUCAAUGAUUGCAGACACGGAUACUUCAACCGGAGCUUUCGUUUCCAAGAAGAGGAAACCUAGCGUUGAUGGUUUUGGUUCUUCUGAAUUGGAGUUAUGCCCUUCUGACUACCACCUUCGCAACAUUCGUGAGUGUGGAGGGCUGCACAACAUGACGGUUUCACCUGCUAGCUCGGUGAAUUCCGCCGGGACAGUGGUUUCUGGCCGGUCAUUCUCCUGCUGUUCCAGCAAUGUCAAAACUAGCUCAAGCGUUGUGGACAGCACUACGACGCCGCCGCGGCCGCCGCUAGAUCUGGAGGCCAAGAGUUUCGAUACUGUAGAAUCAACAUGCAGCAAUAUCAAAUUGCUCAGCGGAGACAUGUACUUGUUAAGCGAAUCAUCCGGAGACUCGGAAGAAACAAUGACGUUACAAGUGAAAUCACCAUCGGCGGUGGUGAACAAGCAGCGGAAUAUUCCGGUGGCUAAUAUGCCACCAAAGGAGGAGAUUGAGGAGUUCUUUGCAAUGGGUGAGAAGUACGAGCAAGAACGUUUCGCGGAGAAGUACAACUAUGAUAUUGCUGAAGAUAUGCCGUUGGAUGGCCGGUACCAAUGGUUCGUUUAAAUUGAAUGUGCAUGAUGAAUCAGUAUAGGAGAGAGAAGGAAAUUUCACAGGACUAAUUAAAGGGUGAGGAGGCUAACCUGACACAAGGUAAAAUCGAAGUUGAGAAUGCGAAUUCCGAUUGCUAGCUUGAUCGGGUUGGUUUUGCACAGCUAACCGCUUUCUCUUUAUCUAUGUUCUGCAAUAGAAGCUGUAGCUUUCUGCGACAUUGUCACUGUCAUAUAGGCAGAGAGCACUUAAAUGGAAUCUUUCUUUCUGCAAGUGAAAUCACGUAAAUCAGAGUUGCAAGGACGGGGAAAAUCGCAUUAAUUUGAUGUCCGAGUGUUGUCAUUGAGCUUCUUUUUCAUAGUUUCCAGCAGAAUAAAAUGAGAUUCCGCCAAUUCCUAGGGUGGUUUUAUUCAUUGGGGAGGGAAAAUUCAUGGAUAAAAACAUUAAUUUGUGCCGAUAAGUUUCUAUGAAUAAUGUAUGUGCUUUGGGAAUUUCUUUUGGUUGUU